AUGGCGAGCGACGGAAGCAAGAUAACGGAUGAGCGAGAUCCCGAUCGAUCCACGGCGGCAGAUGCGCCACCGUCGUAUGACCUUGCAUCGGAAGGGAAUCUGUUGACCGAGGUGCCAAAGGUGAGAGAAGACGGCCGCAUCAAAAUAAACCUAGACUGGGACGUUAUCGAGAGACUGUCGCUCCUCUCGAUUCAUGGGCCACCGUCGCUACCCCCAAAAGAUGGACAGUCGUCGGCACCUCCCCCAUACUCAAGCGGGCAACACGGAGAAGACGACCAGCAACCUUUCCCCAUCAAGUUGAACAUUGCCAUUCAGGUUGUUGGAAGUCGUGGCGAUGUCCAGCCGUUUGUAGCCCUUGGCGCUGAGCUACAGAAACAUGGCCACAGAGUGCGACUGGCGACACACAAUGCCUUUGACCGGUUUGUCCGUGACGCAGGGCUCGAAUUCUUUCCCAUCGGGGGGGAUCCGGCAGAACUAAUGGCGUACAUGGUACGGAACCCGGGGCUUAUCCCAAGCAUGCAGAGCCUCCGGGCUGGCGAUAUCAAGAAGAAGAGGGCUAUGAUGUCUGAGAUACUUCGCGGCUGCUGGAGGUCCUGCAUAAGUCCAGAUCCCGUCUCGAAUGUACCUUUUGUGGCGGAUGCAAUUAUCGCCAACCCCCCCAGCUUCGCUCAUAUCCACUGCGCUCAGGCGCUGGGCAUCCCGGUACACAUGAUGUUCACCAUGCCCUGGACGAGCACGGAGGCUUUCCCACAUCCCUUGGUCAACAUGGAGCUUGGCAAGAGCUCCGCAACCAAGCACAUGUCGGCAAACUAUCUUUCAUACGCGGUUGUGGAGGUUUUAACGUGGCAGGGGCUCGGUGACAUUAUCAACGAGUGGAGGGAGAGCAUUGAUUUGGAGCAUAUUGCCUUUUCAGAAGGGCCGCGUCUCGCGGAAACGCUCAAUGUUCCCUUCACCUACUGCUGGUCGCCCGCUCUGGUGCCGAAACCCAGAGACUGGGGGAACCACAUAGAUGUAUGCGGGUUCUUCUUCCGUGAGGCGCCCUCGUACACGCCGCCGCCCGAGCUCGAGAAGUUCCUCGCUGCAGGUCCGCCUCCGAUCUACAUUGGUUUUGGCAGCAUCGUUGUCGACGAUCCAUCAUCUCUUUCGGAGAUGAUUCUCGAAGCUGUCCGCAUCACCGGAACCAGAGCACUCAUCUCGCGGGGUUGGAGCAAGCUAGAUGGCGCCCAGAGUACCGACGUCAUGUUCCUAGACGACUGCCCACACGAGUGGCUCUUCCAGCACGUCAGGGCCGUGGUACACCAUGGAGGUGCAGCUAAUCAUUUCCUCAGUCAACCUUUCUGGGGUGACAUGGUGGCCGCUGCCGGCGCUGGUCCGUCGCCUAUUCCUCAGAAAUCCUUGGACGUGAGUCAGCUUGUCGAGGCGAUACAGUAUUGCCUGACCAAACAAGCCGCCUCGGCCGCGGAGAGAAUUGCGGUGCAGAUGCAAUCCGAGUCGGGUGUCCAGCAGGCGGUCAAGUCCUUCCACUCAAAUCUUCCUCGGGACUUGCUCGAAUGUGACGUUAUCAAGGGCCAGCCUGCAGCAUGGACGUACUCGCGCAAGAGGACCAAUCUCAAGCUGUCAAAGGCCGCUGCUGAAGUCCUUUUAAGUCACCUCAAGGUUGACAAAAAAGGGCUCGAAUUGCACGAAAGCCGUCGAACCGUCAUCCAGACACGUCGAUGGGAUCCUUUUACGGGUACGAUUGGUGCCGCCUUGGGUGUCAGCGCAGACUUGGCCAGGGCUGCUGCAGACACGGUCGUCAAGCCUGUCAAGGUCUAUCACCAGAGGAAAAAGGAUACGGACACCAAUACCUCGCCUGAUCUAACGGCCGCGGACAUGGUGACAUUGCGCGGCCAAGGUCCGACCAGCGUCAACGGCGGGGCAAAGUCCAGACACUGUCUGAGCACAGCCAGAACUAUGGCUGCGAUUUCAGGAAACGGUGCUGCCGAUUUUCUCAAGCGAUUGUCAAGCGGCGCAAUCAUCGUGCCGUUUGCCUUCACCGAGGGCUUGAGACAUCUGCCGCACUUGUAUGGUGAGAAUGUCAGAGACUAUGGCGAAAUUCGCGACUGGAAGUCCGGAGCAGCCGCUGGAGGGAAGUGCGUUGUCCUCGGCCUCUACGAUGGAGUGGCUGGUCUCAUCCUCCUACCAUACUCUGGAGCCCAACGGCAAGGGGCAAUUGGCGCUGUUAAGGGUGUUGGCAAGGGCAUUGCAGGCCUGGGCAGCAAUGUCUUCACAGCGGUGAUGGGCGUAGCAACCUAUCCUUUGCAGGGGAUCUACAAAAGCAUCCUCCACACUGCCCAUUCUAAUACUCGACGAUCCGUCGAGGCAGCUCUCCUAUUAGAAGGAAAGUAUCUAGCAGACAGGAGACGUGAAGUGGGAUUAGGCGACAGCGCUGUUAUGGAGCACUUUGAUGCCAUUUCAAAGGGCAGACCAGGUGCUUGA